AUGAAGGAAACAUGGAACAGCGAUAUGGACUACGGCUUCUCGGUGAUAAGAACGAUAAUGUGGAUACUCGGUGUGUGGCCGUUGGAGCAAAACGAAUUGGUUUGCACAGUCCGCUGGUUCACGAUAUUCAUCGUGGAGUCUCUCACAAUGCUCAACCUGCUGAUAGAGCCUUUCAAGAGCUGCGGCGAUUCCAAAGACGCUCUCGAGGUCUGUCUUAUAAUAGAGACCGGCUUACACGCGUGGACGAACAUGAUUUUCGGGCGUGUGUAUAUGAAAAAGAUCGCCAGCAACGUGAUCUCCGCGAUCGACGAUUGGUCUUCGCCAUCCAUGACGAGAGAGUCUUAUCUGAUAAUGACAGGGUACGCACGAGUAGGCCGAAUAAUCACUAUGUCCCAAGUGAUGAUCGGAUUCGUAGCCGCUUCCUUGUACUUCAUCGCCAUUAUCAUCGGAAAUAAUCAACAGGUUGUGUCAGAAAUUCUGUCUGUUAUCGUGCAAUAG